UUCAAUGUCAACGCAUGUAUAUGUUUAUAUAUAAUUUAUACAUUAAACUGUUAAAAUGUUGCGCUUAUGGAAUGUCUAUGGGCAUGCGAUCGACCGAACUUGUAGAGCCUACUUUCUAGGUUGUAAACAAAGUUUUGUUAAAUUCUCAAAGCCAGUCUACAUGUCUUCUACACAGAGUGAGGGAACUAAAGAAAAUGAUUUGAAAUCCAUUAGGAACAUUGGGAUUAUGGCUCAUAUAGAUGCUGGCAAGACCACAACUACAGAGAGAAUGCUCUUUUACGCUGGGUUUUCUAGACAUUUAGGUGAUGUGGAUCAUGGUGACACAGUGACAGACUAUCUGGAAGAGGAACGUGAGAGGGGCAUCACCAUCGUGUCAGCGGCUGUCACUCUCUUUUGGAACAAACAUAGAAUUAACCUUAUAGAUACACCUGGUCAUGUGGACUUCACAGUGGAAGUAGAGAGAGCAUUGAGGGUGCUAGAUGGAGCAGUCACUGUUCUUGAUGCUGCAGCAGGUGUGGAAGCUCAGACAUUAACAGUGUGGAAGCAGGCGAACAGAUACAAAAUCCCUAGAAUUAUCUUUUUAAACAAGAUGGACAAGCUGGGUGCAAAUUUCAAUAUGUGUUUAAAAUCUAUAAGAGAAAGGUUGCAUGUAGAACCAAUUCCUAUCAACUUGCCAAUUGGAAAAGAGAAAACUUUUACUGGAAUAGUUGAUCUCAUAUCUCUAGAACAGAAAAUAUGGGAUUCUCAAAAGUCAAAUGAUGGUCGUUUGUUUGAUAGCGAAAAAAUAGACUUGCAUAAAGAUAAUGUAUCAACAAAACUUGUAAUAAAUGAACGUAAUUCUUUCAUUGGUAGUUUAGCUGAAUAUGAUGAAACUAUUGAAAAUCAUGUAUUAAAUGACACUAAAAUAGAAGAUAUUCCAGUUAUGGAUAUUCACAAAGCCUUAAGAGCAGUGACAUUAAGUAACAAAGCUGUGAUAGUUCUUUGUGGGAGUGCAAAAAAGAAUGUUGGAAUCCAGCCUCUUUUAGACGCUACAGUGCGCUACCUCCCUUCCCCUGCAGACAUCCACCACAGUUUCUUGAGUUACUAUGGCAACCACCUAUGUGCAUUGACAUUCAAAAUAGUGCAUGAUCGGCAUAAAGGAGCACUAACAUAUGUGCGGAUCUAUUCAGGCUGGUUGAGAGAGGGGGAGAGUGUGUACAAUGUGAACUUGAAGAAGACAGAGAAGGUUGGUAAACAGAACCUGUUUGAGGUGAACGCAGACAAUUACCGGCUUGUGCGGGAAGUUGGGCCGGGAAACAUCGCCUGUGUGUCUGGACUGCAGGAGGUUCGAAGUGGAGACACAAUAACAGACAGCCAGAAAUCAGCCAAGUAUGCAUCUGACCAGUAUAUGAAACUCCUGGAAGAUGACCUUGACAUGGAUGAAAAUGAUCUUGAAGGUCCAGUGUUAGCCGGCCUGAAUGUUCCCCAGCCUGUGUUUUACUGCUCCAUCGAGGCCCCUAGCAACUCCAAGCAGCGCGAUAUGGAACUAGCCCUGGAACAGAUGCAGAGAGAAGAUCCCAGCUUAAUGGUUGAGAUUGACAGUGAAACUGGUCAGACCAUUCUAAAGGGAAUGGGGGAGUUACACCUGGAGAUAGUCAAACACCGUCUGGAGAGGGACUAUGGUGUGGAACCAUACCUGGGACCCCUACAGAUAAACUAUCGAGAAAAAGUAACAAAAGCAAUAGAACACACAGACAAGCUGGAAAAUGUGAUAGGCAAACAGAGGAACUCUGUCACCAUGACGAUGGUGAUCGUCCCUGGAAAUGCCCUGCCUCUCUUCAAGCAGGCAACAUACCAAGGGGAAACUGUACCAAGUAAUUUGAAGAAUCCGAAUCAUCCUUUAACAAAAGCAAUUAACAGGGGAAUACAGUCUGCUUUAAGUUGUGGCCCUCUGUUGUCUAGUCAGGUGGUGGACGUGGAGGUGACUGUCACAAGUGUUCACAUUGAGCCUGGUACAUCACAGACGUUUGUAACCGCGGCCGCCGCUCAUACAAUCUCCCAGGCCCUUCUGCAGGCCGCAUGCUGUCUCAUGGAACCAGUCAUGAGGAUGGAGAUUCACACUGACAAUGAAUAUGCAGUGAAGAUACAGAGUGACCUAUUCCGGCGGAGGGGAGAUGUGCUUGAGGACAGCAUGCAGGGUGGCUACAGGAUUCUCCAUGCCCAGGCACCCCUUGCUAACCUAGUGGGAUAUUCCACUCACCUGCGAACACUCACCUCAGGGACAGCCUCAUUCUCAAUGGAGCUAGACCAUUAUAAGGAACUUUCUCCUGAUGAAGAGAAAAAAGUGAUUACUAAACAGUUUGGCGUGAUUGGAGAAAUGAUGUGAUAAUCGCAGUAUUUUAUCAUUUAUUUUCCUUGUUAAAAUUUAUUUUCCUUGUUAAAUUAUGUGAAUGUCUUCAACCAUUAACUAAAAUGUUAAAAAAUACUGGUUGAAACUUGUGCUAAUAAUAAAAGUUUAUAAAGCACUACAUAUAGGAAAAACAUCUUAAACUUUUAACUGUGGACGUAGUUUUCGCAAGAACUUUGACUGUAACCCAAACCUAAAAGGGAACUUUAAUGGUCCAUGGGUCAAACCAUUCCUAAGUUAAUGUGUGUACAAUUUUUUUUUAAGACUUGACAGUGGACUUUGACCUACUGAACUCAAAAAAUAAUAGAAGUCAUGUACUGGUUAUGGGCAAUCUACCACCUACAUUUAGUGGUCCUAAGCAAAGACUUUCUGAAGUUGUUUGGCAGUUUCCCUUAGCUUUUGAAACUGACCCCGAUCUUUUAACUUACUGUCUGCAAAAAUAAUAUGCGUCAACAGCUGGUCAGGGCAACCUACCACUUGAGUUUCAGGGUCAGACGUUAGGCUGUUCUUGAGUACUUGUGUGGACAAAGUAUUCAUUAUACUGUUGACUGACCAGCUGACCAUAAAUUAAUAGGGGACAUGUAAUGGUCAAGGGCAACCUACCACUGAAGUUUUAUGGUCCUAUGUCAAACCAUUCUCCAGAUAUUGUGCGGAUAAGACAUGGUAUAUCUACCAACAGACCAUCCCACCAACCAGCCUACAAACAUUAUUCAAAUGAUGUAUGUGGUAUAUAUUCUCGUACUUAAUUUCUUGAACCUUUUUGGACAGUUUUGUUAAAUUGAAUUCUCUACAAAAUCUAAAGCAAGCGAUAACCAGUUUGAUGCAAUGUUACGACUUCUUUUAUUACAAUAAAAUAUGAAUACAAUAUAAAUGCAAAAUGUUUUAUAAAAAAUAUUUAACAAGUGCGCCAACUAUCGCAAAAUGUGUCCGUCCUCUUUUGGGGACAUCGAAGUUUGGUGAUAAGUGGCUGUACCUUAGGACAAAUUUAAAGAGUGCUUGCUGUUAAAACUGUUUUUGCUAAUUCAAGUGUCAUAACUCUGGAGUAGUGGAGGGGUCAUGGCUGGUUAUAGAACCUGACCGAGAGAUCCUGUCCUAAAUUAGGUGAUGAUUGAUCAAAAGUUUAAAGUUAAUGAUCAGAAAAGACUGCUUUUUGGUUAUUUCUAUAAUUGAGGGCGAUAAUGCUUGUAUGGCUGGUUAACAAACAUAUCAUUCUUAUGGUCAGUCUAAAAUUAAUGAUAGGACAAUAUUGGACGCAGCCCACCCAUAUGUUGUGGGUGAAUCUAUCAAACUGUAGUACAUGCCUACACCUACUGGACAAGAUAUGGCAUUCAAAUACCGGAAAAAAAAUCAGCGGACAUUUGGAAACAAGAGGGCCUUAUUGGCCCUAAAUCGCUCAUCUGAGUAAAAGAGUUUAACCUUUGUAAUAAAUAUAGCUUGAUAUUUGUUUUCAAAGAAUAUUGAAAAGCAUACUGAUCAAACAUGUUGCCUGGAUAAUCAAUGACAGGACUUGUCACAGUUGCCUGCACACUGACAGGGCUUGUCACAGUUUCCUGCACACUGACAGGACUUGGUGAUUGACUGCACACUGACAGGAUUUCGUUCAGUUGCCUGCACACUGACAGGACUUGAUGAUUGACUGCACACUGACAGAAUUUGAUUCUCAUAUAUGCACACUGACAGGAUUUUGUUCAGUUGCCUGCACACUGACAGGACUUGAUAAUUGACUGCACACUGACAGCACUUGGUACAGAUACCUGCACACUGACAGGACUUUUUUCAGUUGCCUGCACACUGACAGGACUUUGUUCAAUUGCCUGCACACAUACAGGACUUCGUUCAAUUGCCUGCACACUGACAAAACUAUGUUAAAUUGCUUGCACACUGAAAUAAUUUUUAGUAUAGAUAGACAAACAACAAACAGUGCACCAUCCAAUUAAAUCAAUAAACUGCCUUAUGCACCAGUCAAUUAUUGUAACCACGCCCCGCCCCCCCCUCCCCAUGUCCGGGGGUAUACCAGGGAUAGCCGGGGAAAUGGGCGUUUUGUUUACCAUCAGUUUGUCCCUGCAGGUCGGGGAUUUUACCAGGGGUUGGCUGGACCGAAAGUCAAAGUCCCCGCUAUUCCCCGGACCUGGGGGGCCGUGGUUACACUGGUGCAUUAAGCUCUAAUAAUCAAAUAUCAGAACGCAUUCAGCACCUUCCACUAUUAUCACUGCUUCUUCCAUCUCUGUCAACAUCACCUUCCUUCACAUGUUCAGGAUCAUUUUUAGCUUGACUAUUCGAAGAAUAGGUGGGCUAUACUACUCGCCCCAGUGUCGGCGUCGGCGUUCGGUUAAAGUUUUAGGGCAAGUUGGGAUUUUCACUUAUAAGUCCAAUACCCUACAUUCAAUUGACUUAAUACUUUACACAGUUGUUCAGGGCCAUCAUUUGAUGAGGUUAGGUAACUCCAUAUUAUUCUUUACACAGAUUAUGGCCCCUGAUUGACUAUGGAACUUAGGUUAAAGUUUUAGGGCAAGUUGGAAUAUUUAUUAAUAACUUCUUUAUAUCAUUUGUUCAAUUAACUUAAUAUAAUACUUCACACAGUUGUUCAGGACCAUCCCACAAUGAGGUUACAUACCUCCAUAUUAUCCUAAAUACAAGUUCUGGCCCCUGAUUGACUUAGGUUAAAGUUUUAGGGCAAGUUGGGAUUUUCACUUAAAACUCCAAUACCAUUCAUUCAAUUGACUUAAUACUUCACACAGAUGUUCAGAGCCAUCACAUUAUGAGGUUAGAUAACUCCAUAUUAUCUUUUAUACAAAUUAUGGCCCCUGAUUGACUAUGGAACUUAGGUUAAAGUUUUAGGGCAGGUUGGGAUAUUGUUUAAUAACUUCUAUACCCUUCAUUCAAUUGACUUAAUACUUCACACAAUUGUUCAGGACCAUCACCCAAUGAGGUUACAUAACUCUAUACCCUUAAUACAAGUUAUGGCCCCUGAUUGAGUUAGUUUAAAGUUUUAGGCAAGUAAAAGUUAAGGGCAAGUUGGGAUUUUAAUAAAAAAAACUUCUAUACCGUUCAUUAAAUGCACUUAAUAAAAUUCAAAAUUAUUUCUGACCAUCUUACAACAAGAAACAUAACUCCGUUUUAAGCCUAAAUGCAUGUUAUGGCCCUUGAUUUUUUUUUUAAUUUCCUUUGAAAGGCAUAUUUGUAUAUUCUUAACCACAUUUUCAUAAUGGGAAUUCAAGUUAUUUGAAUGACUUGCUUCAUUGUUUGGGCGGGCUGGUGGGAGGGCAGCAUCAAAGUCACCUUAUGUAUCAAAUAAUGUUAGUUAGGUUUGACAUAAAGAGACCAGACUUGGUAUUAUUACAUCGUUAUUGUAUUCAAAGCGGUGUAGUCGAGCGUCUUACGCCGGCUCAUGUUUUUUUUAAAUUCACAAAGGCGUAUUCACUUUCCACACAGAAGUUAUUGUAGCUUAGAAUAAUCUACAUGAAGUUCAAUGUCAAAGUCUGAUUAUUAAAUUUAUUAUUAAGUAAAAAUGAAAUUUCUUCUAAAGAAUAAAGUGUAUAAUAAUUAUUUGAAUCUAUGAACCCAAAAAAAUGAACAAUAAUUACCUUUAAGUGACUAUGUUGAAGACUUAAUAAAAUUUAAAAUCUA